CAACAAAACACUCUCCGAUUCAACAACUUCUACAUGUGUAAUUCAGUGCCAUUGAUCAUACUUUUUAUGUUGUUCAGCCAUUGUUGACAUCUUUUUCCUGAUGACUCUACCACCAUCAUCAUAAACUCAGUGCCCCGGAAGCAAAAACUCAUCUUCCUUCACCCACGCAAACCAUGGGUCCGGUCUGGUUUCUUUUUUUAUAUAUAAAUAGUUUUCUUGAUACAACGUUCAUACAUUGUACACUGUUAUGGUUCACUUGCUUUUAAAAAGAGUUGUAUAUGCAUCAUCACAAUCAGCUCUCAUGCUCUCCCUCCACCCACAUUCCCGGUUUGCUCCUCAGGAGCCCUCCCUGUCUUCAGCCCCUCCCGUCAGGAUUUGCAGCCUCAGAAACCCCACACGGGGUCCCAGUGGGUCGGACUCUGAGGCAGUGGGGUCUUGUACUUCAGUAGCCACGACGUCCUUUUCUGGCCAUUGCUCCUUCCUGACGACACACUACAGGAAGUCAGCCGGAGUCGUGGGUCUGCGCUUCUGUGGAGCAUCUGCUUGUUAUUUCUUCUAAGGCAGAUGUGCCGGUUCUGGGUUUGUUCACGGUGCAGUCUGUAUUCGUCACCAGCACCACAGUGCCAGGGCAGCGUCGCUCGGUCUUUUUCAGUGCCCAGCGUCUGCGUGUGGGUGAGGCCAUGGAGAAGGCCAGGGCCUGGGUCAGGGGCACCUGAGUCAUGAACGCGACAGUGAGCUAACAGUGGGGUGUGCCAGGGCCUCAUUUAGUCUUCACGAUACUUGUCAAAACAUUGCCCUGCGACGUCGGCGAGGGUUAACAGAGCGGAUCACAAUUCGACAACGGUUCAUACACCUGCGGGCUCAACUCCUUCGUUGCAGCCCCUCCGUGCCCCUCAUUCCUCCCCUUCCCUCCCCGUGCUUCCUGUCUCCAUCCCUGGCCCUCUGAAGGCUGUCCUUGGGUCGGUGAUGCCCUUUUGGGCUGAGAUGGUUGAGUUUGCGAGCGCAGAGGUGAGCUCAGCCGCAGACCUUCAGGGUAAGGGUCUCACGGGCCCUGCCAGUCUCUCUCCAACCUGGGGACGACUGGUCUCUUUUGUGAUCUGGGCGAACAGCUCCGUUCUGCAGGUUCAGGGAGGACACAUCUGUCCUGGCUUGCUGCUCUGUGGUACCAAGGAGAUUCAGCUGGGAAUCCAGGCAGUCAGGUGUCAGGGCUCAAGCCCGUAACCCUCUCGCCCCACCACCCAGCCUCCCGCUGGGCAUUUUGGGCUCUACCUGCCACCUGUGCUCAGUUCUAGGGCUCUGGAGGCCGCGGGCACGAUGCUUCGGGUCCUGGUGGGGGCUGUCCUCCCCGCCAUGCUGCUGACCGCCCCGCCGCCCAUCAACAAGCUGGCGCUGUUCCCAGACAAGAGCGCCUGGUGCGAGGCCAAGAACAUCACCCAGAUUGUGGGCCACAGCGGCUGCGAGGCCAAGUCCAUCCAGAACAGGGCAUGCCUCGGCCAGUGCUUCAGCUACAGCGUGCCCAACACCUUCCCACAGUCCACGGAGUCCCUGGUGCACUGCGACUCCUGCAUGCCGUCCCAGUCCAUGUGGGAGAUUGUGACCCUGGAGUGCCCCGGCCAUGAGGAGGUGCCCCGCGUGGACAAGCUGGUGGAGAAGAUCGUGCACUGCAGCUGCCAGGCCUGCGGCAAGGAGCCCAGCCAUGAGGGCCUGAGCGUCCACGUGCAGGGCGAGGACGGGCCGGGUGCCCAGCCCGCCGUUCACCCCCACUCCCACCCCCAAUCUCACCCCCAUCCUGGUGGGCAGACCCCGGAGCCUGACGAUCCCCCGGGCGUCCCCCACACUGAGGAAGAGGGAGCUGAGGACUAAGGCCACAUGUGUCCCCCCUCUCGUUCCCCUGUGGAGUGUUGGGGCUCCUUUCUGGGGAAAAGUGGGGAGAGGGGAGGCUGAAGCCCCUCCUCUGGCACCAGAUGGACUUGGAUUCAGACUUGGACUUGGAAAGCUGCCCAGUUGCCAUGGAGAUCUGAAGGGGAGGGGUGGGAGCCAAGCUGCACAGUUUAAUAUAUUCCAGA